AUGCCAAAACACAGAAAUAAUAGAAACGUUUCCCACAGUUUCCACAUCGAAUACAAUAUAAUUCUAGCACCGACUGACGGGCCAAAACACAUGAGAUUCUGGGGUUCUGAACCCAAUUCUGUGGCCAAGGGCCCGGUGAUGGCAUUACACCAGGUGUCGACAUUCUCUUGGAGUCCAAAACAGGUGUUAAACAACCCCCAUGGUUCUACACCUUUUUUGGACCGGGGAUCCUGUCUGCUCCUCACCUCAGGCUUCGGGUUGGUGAGACAGGUUGCACCCUCCACUGACACUGUCUCCGAAAGUGUUGUCAUUGAUGGCCUUGGUGAGAAUGUCAAGUGCAUGGAGGAGAUAUUGAGACAGACAGACAAAAGACAAACUCACAAUCUUGGAAGAAAGCCUGACUACGUCGAGGUCUUAACUGCGUAA